AUAAUAUUUGUGAAAGAAAUGGACAAGAAAUCCAAAGCUUCAAAGAAACCUUUUGCUUACAAGUCGCAAGGCCAGAAUAGUAUUCCCCAGCGUUCAGAAGUUGCUUAUUCGCCUGGUUCCGAAACUUCCAGUGUCAGGAGUAGUGAUGGUGGAAUGAGUGGAGAAAGAGUCAAGGUAGCAGUUAGGAUCAGACCACUGAUGAAGCACGAGAAGGGACAUAAAUAAUAACAUUGAGACUGAAAACAUGAAGAAAAUAUAUUUCAAAUCUGCUGACUCCAACACUCGAGCUUAUCGUUUCAAUGCUGUCCUUCCUUGAGAGACCACUCAGGAUCAAGUUUUUGAAAAUUGUAAUAUAGGUGGCCUCAUAGACUCUGCCAUGGAUGGUUAUAGUGCCACUAUAUUCGCUUAUGGGCAGACCGGUAGCGGCAAAACUUACACAAUGGCUGGUGAUGAAAAGCGUCUCGGAGUCGAAGAAUGGAAGAGUCAUGAAGGAGAAGGUAUUAUUCCUAGAUGAGUUAAUUACAUGUGGCAGCAAAUGACAAACAGGAAUGAGCAGUUUUAUGUAAAAGCUUCAUUUGCAGAAAUCUAUAAAGAACAAAUACAAGAUUUACUCAACCCAUCAAGUGGAAUUCUUCAUUGUAGAUGGAAUGCCCAAAACGGUUUCUUUGUAGAAGACCUCGUAGUAGUGGAAUGCACCACUAAGUACGACCUGCUAGCUGUUCUGCAUGAAGGAAUUAAAAAUAGAAAAACAGGGUACCAUAAUUUGAAUCCAGACUCUUCAAGAUCUCACUCCAUCCUGACAGUUUAUCUCAUCUCUGAAACUAAAAAUGAUCAUGAUAUUUAUAAGAAGUAUGGGAAAAUCUCAUUUGUUGAUCUUGCAGGAUCAGAGAGGCUCAAGGAAACUGAGUCUAAAGGAGAGAUGCUCAAAGAAACUGGAAACAUUAAUAAAUCAUUGUUCAUUCUUGGCAAAGUUAUAUCAUGCUUAUCAGACAGAAAGGGGUACUCAAACGCUCACAUUCCUUACAGAGAUUCGAAACUCACAAUGCUGUUGAUGGAUUCUCUAGGUGGGUCUUCUAAAGCACUCAUGAUUGCCUGUAUUUCUCCAUCAGAAGUAUACACUGAUGAAACCCAAAGCACUCUGAACUACGCUACUCGAACAAUGAAUAUUAAGAACAAGCCUGUUAUCAGAAUGGAUGCGAAAGAGCAAGUAAAAUUCAAUUUAAAAAGAGAAGUGCAACUGCUCCGGUUGCAAAAUAAUUUCUUGAAGCAGGAACUAUGAAAGCUCACUGGUGAGAGUCAUAUUGAAGUCCCUGAUGUCUCCGAGCUAAAUCAUUUAGUGGGAGGAAGCCUCCCUACCAUGGAGGGAGGCAUGCUCCCUUCUAUUCAUAGAGGUAAAGACAGGGGUCAAAUCUCUCAAUCCUUUGACUCAAAAUCAAUGAUGUCAGAUAAGCCAUCUAAGAUGCUUAAAAAUGGGAAAAGUGGGUUCGCAAUGAUGUCUCGAGAUUUCGAAGCAGAAACUAAAGGAAAAGAAGAUAUACAAGAACUUGAUGGAGAACUCGCUCUACUCAGACAAGAGAAUGCGCAAAUGAGAUACCAAAGAGAACUGAUGAACAGAGAAUUUGAAACAAUGAUGUAUGAAAAUAAUGGGUUGUACUCAAAGCUAGCUAAUUUGGAAAAAGUCUUUAUUGGUGAGUCAAUCACAUCAGAAAUGGGAGAGAACGGAGAUGUGAGCGAUAGUGACGGAUCAUCCUCAAGUAAAAGAUAUAGCCACUCCCUCCUUGUCUCUGAGAACAAUGAACUUAGAGCGAGGAUUGAGAAUGUAGAGCAAGAGAAAAUUGACUUGAAGGGAACUCUAAUCCAAAUUGAAGGUGAACAUACCCCCUCUACGAGAUCGACUAGAGAAGAAUCUAAUGACUAUGAUCCUCAAAACGUUCGUAAUGCAUUGCAUAUAAAGCAGGUAAAAUCUGACUUAGAAGAGCAGAUACAGUUAGCGCAAAGCAGAGUGAAUCAGAUUACUGAGAAGUUAUUGGACUCUUACCCUAAGCCAUCAAGUUCAUCAAGUAAGAAGUCUUCAUCUUCUUCCUACAUGAGAUUUAAGAAGUCAAUGAAUAAGUAACAAAAGCUUUUUGAUUAAUUAACUAAUUCGUAAAUAUUCAAUUA